AUGUCGCAUAAGAAUGAGUCGUUGUCGUCGUCGUCGUCUCCGUCAAAGGAGGAUAUAAGAGGCCAAUUGUUUGAUAUUCAAAAGAGAUUAUUUAAUAAGAAAACAAGGUCAAAUCAACAAGGAGUUGGUGAACAUCAGCUGCAACGAGGUCCAGGUCAAUUGGGAGGCGGAGGUGGUGAACAUCAGCACCACCAGCUGCAGCUGCAGCGAGGUCCAGGUUCAGGUCAAUUGUUUAGUCAGGCGGAAGAAAUUUUGACACCGCCGGCUCCUCACGCGAAACUACUAUCUACAUCUCCUCCGACCCAGAUCUCAGCAUCCUCGUCAUUAUCAACAACACCACCGCUGCUGCUCCAUACUCGUACAAGCACCGCCACCACCACCACCACAACGGGCAAAUUGAUGUCUUCCCUAUCAGCACCAUCAAUGGGUCCCGGCCCAGAAUCCAAGGGAAAUGAUAUGAAUUUCGUAGUGGGCUUGAGUGAAAAUUUACUCGCUGAAUGCCGUAGACUUAAUGUUGAAAACUCCAAAAUGAGACAAAAAUGGAAAUCUGCUGUAGAUGAAAUACAACUAUUUAAAGAGGAAAUAUUCCAAUUGAAAAAUUACAAUCAAAUUUAUAGCUCAAAAGAAGAAGCAUUAAGGGAUAAAAAUUGGGCUUUGGAAACUGACGCUAUUCAACUAAAGGAAGAAUUAAUCCUGUUGAAAAAGGAAAAUGAAAAAUUGCAAAAUGUGGAAAUUAUUGACUUGAAGCGGAAAUUGGAGGAGUUAAGCAAUGACAAUGAUUCCUGGACUUUAAAGAAUAGAGUUUUGGCAAAAAAUUUAGAGGAUGUUAAAAAGGAAUGGGAGCAGGAGCGCAGGGAAUUGAAUUUAAGGAUAAGCUCCUUAAAUGAUGAAAACGACUCUUUACAUGUAAAAUUGAAUGGUGUUGAUCAUUCAAAUUCGCCAAAUCAGUUUGUGAAUCAAAGUAAAUUGGACAAAAAGCAUGAAGAAGAGAAAAGAAAUGAUGAUGACGAUGAUGAUGACGAUGAUGAUGAUGAGAAGAAUGUCACUUUUGAACUGAUAUUAGAGGCAUUGCAACAACAGCUGCAUGAAUUAUCAAAAGUGAACACUACAAACGGAGAAGUAGAAGAGCUCAGAUCCAAGUUACAAGAGUCUGAAAAGACAAUUACAGGGUUGAGUAAUUCACUUUUGAAGUUGAAAAGACAAUUAGAAACUUCACCACUGCAUCAUCGUCAUCAUCAUCAUCAAACUAUAGCUCAGCUACAGAAGACACCAAAUCAACUCAAAACACCCAAUAUUGGGGCUGCAAAUAAAAGAUUCUCGAUGUCCUCACCAAGUAAGAGAAAUUCAAAAAUCUCAGUUUCUAAAAAGAAAGAUGAUCAAGAUAUAACUACGGAUGAUUUCGACAACAACAACAAGACACCAUCCCAACAUAUCUCACCUCCUAACUUUUUUGAUUUAGAUACCGAGUCUCCCCAAAGUAGAAGCUUUGAUGUGACAACUGCUUCCGAGAAUUUAGACAUCCCAUACUUGGUUGGGGCAUCUGACUCUGACUCUGACUCUGACUCUGACUCUGACUCUGAAUUCGAGUUUGUUCCCAAAUCUGAGUCUGUGCAAUCUUCACCAUCAAAAGCGUCCAAACUGAUUAAUCAUUCCCAAGUUUCAAAAGCAGUAAACAAGAAACAGGUUGAAGAAUACGCAAAAGCUCAUAAGCUAGUAUUACUCCCAAUUAUCGAGUUUGAAAAAUUGAAACAGCACAGUACAGUUGAAGUUCUAGAACCAUCUAUAAGUUUAUCCAAAACUGAACGCGAGGAUUCAAUCAACGAGAAGGACGAAGAAGAAAUGAAAAGGAAAUUGGAGGAAAAGGGAAUUGUUACUUUACCAGAAACUGAAUUUAAUGAGAUCACCGAAAAGGCCAAACUGUUUGAUGAUCCCGAUAUUACCUAUUUAACAGAAAAGGCUAACUCCUUAGGAUAUAUUGUUGUUACAACUGAUCACUAUGACUCAAUAAAAAAUCAAGUAAGCAAUCCGUCAUUGGAUUAUCUUCAUGAAAAGGUUAAUAAAUUUGACUCAAAAAUUAUACUGAGUGAAGAUAUGGCUAAAAUGAAAGAGCCAAAUAUGGAGCAGCUAACUGCUUUCGCCGACAAGCUUGAGUCAGUUGUGGUUUCUCAAGAGGAAUACCAGUCGUUAAAGAAACCCUCAAUAUCAACCAUCAAAGACCACGCUCAAGAACACGAUCAUAUUGUAUUACCAAGUACUGAGUACACUCAACUCACUAAUUCCGUCAGCAAGCCAUCUUUGGAUUAUUUGAAAAUGCAUGCUUUUGCUCAUAAGCAUACCAUUUUGACCAAUGAUAGUUACAAGAGUUUAAUGAGGAAAGCAACAGAUCCAACAGUGGAAGAAGUAAAAGUACAUGCUGAUAAACAUGGAAUUAUCACCUUGUCUCAAUCUGAAUAUGUCAAGUUAUUCAAAGAUGCUAAUAAUCCCGAUUUGGAACAUGUUACUGAGAUUGCUCGCAAUAUGGACUAUACUGUGAUUAGGACGGAUGAAUAUAAAGAUUUACAAAACCAACUAGAGAACCCCAACAUAGAGUAUGUUGAGACAAAGUUCCCAAAUCACAAAUUAUUGAAGCUUGAUGAAUUUAAUAAACUCGAAAAAUUGGUUCACGAACCUUCCAUUGAUCAUUUGAAGACCAAAAGUAAUUUACUAAACCAUGAAUUGGUUACAAAAGAAGAGCAUUCAAAAUUACAAAACCUUGCAUAUUCACCUGACAUUAAUCAUAUUGGCGCAAUGGCCGAAAAAUCUGGCUAUGUGGUACUACCUAGUAAGGAAUUGGAAACUUUGCAGCAAGCCCAAAAACCAUCACUUGAAACUAUAAGAGCUUUACUCGAUAAAAUGGACUAUGAUGUGUUGAGUAAAAAAGAUUUGAAUGAUUUGCAUAAAAUGGUCGAUGAGCCAAGUUUGGAGUACCUCUCCUCUAAAGUAAGUUCAACUGGACAUGAAAUUGUUAAGAGUGAUGAGUUGGAAAACUUGAAGCAUUUAGCAAAUGAGCCGGAAUUUGAUCAUCUAUCAAUGUUGGCCUCCAACAGGGAUAUGAAGUUGAUACCACUAAAGGAGUAUAAAGAGCUAGUUCAAAAGAGUACGAAUCCCGAUCUCGAUCAUGUGAGACAAGUAGCUGCAAAUUACCAACACCAAGUUAUUUCCACCGAAGAGCUCAACUUGUUGAAAAAAGACGCACUCGAGCCAGACGUUGAGCAUUUGAAGAAAGUGGCUAUUGAGAAAAAUCUUGAAGUUAUUUCAAAUGAAGAAUACACGGAUUUGAAAAAUAAAGCAAACAACCCCGAUUUUGAACACGUGCAAAGAAUGGCUUCUAAUAUUGAUGCAAUUGCUUUGUCAAAGAAAGAAUAUGACAUGCUAUACAAAGAUGCCAAUGAACCUACAGUUGAUCAUAUUGAAUCAGUCUCAGCUAAAUUGAACUAUUCAGUGAUACCUAUAGUUGAAUUGGAAAAAUUGAGAAAUCCAACGAAGCAGGAUUUAUCUAGCUAUGGUGAUAAAUUAGGUUUACGAGUUGAAUCAAAAGAUGUUUAUGAUCAUCUUGUUCAAAAGAUUGAAAACCCAGAUUUGGAAUACUUGAAGGAUAAGGUGGCAGCAUUUGACUCUACAAUUAUAGCCAAGAGUGACUUGGAAUCAUUAGAAAAGAGUGCCAAUGAUCCAGAUUUGGCCAGUAUCAAAGAGAAAGCCAUCCGGAAAGAUCAUGUGGUGUACCACAAAGAUGAAGCUGACAAGUUGAAGAAAUUGGCCAGCUCGCCAGAUGAGGACCAUAUCAAAUCUAUUGCUAAAUCAAAAGGAUUGGUUGCAAUUAGCGAGCCGACUUAUAACUCAUUAUUGAACCCUUCAAAAGCCACACUCGAAAAACACGCUUUGUCUAUGAAACACACAUUGGUGCCAUCAGAAGAGUUUGAAAAAUUAGUAGAUUUAAGAGAGUCACCUAGCAAGGAAUUUAUAACGAAAAAGGCUUUACAACAAGAUUGCGUUUUGCUUUCCACAAAAGAGCAUACGGAACUACUCAAUUUGGCCAAUACGCCUCCAAAGGAUCAUGUGAGAAAAGUGGCGGCAGCUGUUGGCUUAACUGCAGUGCCUGUCUCCAAAUAUGAAGCUUUGGUAUCCUCACUGGAACACCCAAGCGUCGAGUUUUUGACGGAUAGAGCCAAACAACAAGAUUAUGAACUUGUACCAGUUGAAAAGUUGCAAACAAUGAAAACCAAGUUAGCGAAACCCGAUCUUGAGUAUCUUGCUAAAAAGGCAGAAACACACAAUGCUGUAGUAGUUGAUAUGAACGAGUACCAUCAUUUAAUUGAUACAAGUACCAAACCAACCUUAGGUUUCAUUAGAGAAAAAGCCCAUCUUCUUGGUUUAGAGGUUGUACCAGUAAAUGAAUUGAAAGAUUUGAAAGAAUUGGAGCAGUUGAGUCAAAAAGCACCCACACAGAAAGAACUCACUAGCAAAGCCAAAGAAUUAGGAUUAGUUGUUGUACCCAAUUUUGAAUAUUCUAAUUUGAAAGAAAACAUUGAGAAGCCUACAGUUGAAUACCUCAGGAACAAUGCUUUGAAAUUGGGCCAUACUGUAAUUGCAAUCGAGGAUUAUGACAAGUUGACAGCUUUGGCUAAUUCUCCAUCUAAGGAACACAUUGAGGAAAGAGCACAAUCAGCUGGUUUGAUUGUAUUGCCACAGAACGAUUAUGAAGUAUUAAUUAAGAAGGCGAAUAAUCCUGAGAAAGAUCAAUUGGAAGAAAUGGCGCAAACUAUGGGCUUUACAUUGGUCGAAGCUCUGUUGUUAAAGAGUUUACGUGAACAAGUCCAAUUUCCUACCCUAGAAUACUUAUCGAAACACGCUGCUGAGAUGGAUAAAAUCCUCGUUUCUGAAAAAGAGUUGAACUUGCAAAAACAGAAAAUCGAGAAUCCUGAAGUUGAUUACUUGAAAGAAAAAUGUGCAAGACAUGAUUUGAUUGCUGUUUGGAAUCAUGAGUUUGAAGAACUUAAAGAAAAAGUGGAAUCACCUCUGAUUGAGUUUUUAACAGGCAAGGUAAAUGCUUUACAACAUCAAAUCAUUAGUAACGACGAGCUUGAUAAUUUGAGAGCAAAUGUUGAUAAUCCGAGCGUAGAGUUUUUGAAAUUGCAAGCAUCAAAGAAGAAGUUAGUGGUGAUACCCGAAGAACAAUAUGAGUUAUUAACUGAUCCCACAUUGGAGUCGUUGUCUGAAAAUGCACUAAAAUUAGGAUUCUCCGUUAUCCCUAAGUCAGAUUUAGAAAUUUUAAAGAAACAGCAUGAAGCUCCAAGUCUCGAUUAUCUAAAGUUAAAGGCCAAAGAUUAUGAUCACUUCACAAUUCCUAUUACAUCUUUUAAUGAAUUGAAAACAACUAUUGAGAACCCUACAUUGGAUCAUGUUAUUGAAAAAGCUAAAAGAUAUGAGUAUUCAUUGGUGCCUAAUCAAGAAUUGGAGCAGCUCAGGCAAACACUGGACCCUAUUGAAUAUCUUGCUAAGGAGAAACAAAUGAGGGCAAUACCAAUUGAGGAAGCUGACAUGUUAGUCAAAAAGGCCAACAGAACAUUAGAAGAUCAUGCCGAUGAAUACCAGAAAGUAAUCUUGCUGCGCAAAGAACAUGAUCAACUUGUUGAUCAAGCUAGCAGGUCCUUGGAAACUCAUGCCAAGGAGGCCGGCAUGGUUGUCUUACCUUCCAUGGAGUACAACACGUUAAAAGAGCAGGUAAAUAGACCAUUGAGCGAAAAAGCAGCUGAAGAAGGAAUGACUUUAUUGCCAAUUGAAGAAGUUGCGAACAUGAAAAAAGCAAUUGAAAACCCAACUCUUGAUUAUCUUAAGGAAUGUUGCGAAAGACACUUGAAGGAGGUGGUAUCAAAAGAAGAUUAUGAGAUACUUAAGACAAAGGCGGAGGAAACCUUGGAAACGAAGGCAAAGAAUGCAGGAUUGGAAUUAGUUGAACCCGCAAAGAUAAAAACGCUCAUUGAAGAGUUAGAGAAUCCAUCAGUGGAGUAUUUAACUUCGAAAGCUGAGAAGAUGGAUAUGAAAGUUGUAGAGGCUCAACGUUUUGAAGAACUCGUUUCAAUUUCCGAACGGCCUAUUGCAGAAAUUGCACAGGAGAAGGACUUGACAGUCAUAUCUAAUGAAAAGUAUAAGGAAUUAGUUGAUUCAAUUGAGAAUCCUUCGUUUGAUUAUUUGACAAGCAAAGCCAAGCAAAAGGAUUAUAUCUUGUCUAAGGCUGACGAGUUUCAACUAUACCGUCAUAGUUACGAAAAUCCGGAGAUUUCAUUUUUAAAGGACAAAGCGCAGACGCAAGGCUACCAGGUCAUAUCUACUGAUGAAUAUAACUCUAUGGUGGAGAGAUCCAGAAGCCUAUCAAACAGCGAACCUAAUAAAACAAACGCAAAGUCAGAAAAGACGUUACAGAAUUAUACCAAUGAAGAAAACAUAAAAGUCUUACCAAUGAGCGAGUAUGAGGAUAUUCUCAAAACAAAAGAGUGUUUGUCAAAAGACAAUACAGCAUUGAAGCAGAAUUUGGAAAAUCCCGAUAUCAACUACCUCAAACAAAAUUGCGGCAUUCUUGGUUAUGAUGUUGUUGAAAAACAUGUACUUGAAAAGUUGCAAACUGAAGCUAACGUGUCACUCAAAGAACGAACAGAAGCAGAAGCCAACAACAAGGUAUUGAUAAAUAAAACUGAAUAUGAAAGCUUGAAAAACCCAUACUUGACAACUUUGGCGUCAUUGUGUAACAAUCAUGAUCAUGUUGUUGUACCUACAGCUGAAUACGAACGAUUGAGCGCCUUGGAAAGCUCACCAUCAAUUAGCUUUAUUACCGAUCACGCCGAGAAUAACAACCUCAAGGUUCUCACACAAGAAGAUUAUUCAAAAUUGGAGCAAGCAGCAAACAUACCACUUCAUCAAAGAUUAGAGGGCACAGAUUUGAAAUUAGUGAAGACUAGCGAAUAUGACGAUUUGAUUGUUAAGGCCCACAAACCUUCUGUCGAUCAUCUUCAAGGAUUUGCUACCAGUAUGGGUUUUAUACUUGUACCAAUAGAAGAGUUUGAUGCUAUGAAGUCAAAAUCGGAGCAGCCACUUUCUGAAAAGAUGAUUGAAAAUGGAUAUGCUGUAUUGGCUCAGGAAGAGUAUAACUCUAUGCAAGAAGAAAUCGAGAAGUUGAGAGCGACAGCUAGGAAACCACUUGAGGAGCAAGCUAGAGAAAAAGAGUUGGUAUUGGUACCAAGAGAACGGUUUGAGCAGUUGCAACAACAACAACAACAACAACAACAAGAACAACAAGAACAACAACAACAAUCAACAACAGCACAGACUUUGGACAAGCCGUUCCUGACAAUUGUUGACACUUCUGAGACUAAGGUAGAAGCUACUGACAAUAGCAAGGAGGAAGCCUUGAGCAGGGAUAAUAGUCUAAAGAGCGGAGAUGAGUUCCUCUCUACUCGAACUGUAAAGGUACACAGACUAGAGUAUGUUGCUCUUCCACAAAAUAAGAUACUGAAAUCCACUUCCAUUGGGUCUAGCUUGAAUUGUUACCAACGAGGUGCAAUGUCUGAGGAUGAGUUGAGAGUCAAAGCAGUUGAGAUGAAUUUAGUUGUUUUGUCGCAGGAGGAAUACGACUCAUUAAAGGUAAAAGAAAAAGGAGAAAAAGAAGUAAAAGAAGUAAAAGAAGAAAAAGAAGAAAAAGAAGAAAAAGAAGAAGAUCAGAAUGCAAUUUCAAAUAUAGCCAAGGGUUUAGCCGUUUCAUUGAUUACGGAAUCUGAGUUCUUAAGAUAUAAACAGCUUUCAGCAGAAAAGGAUUCAUAUGACCUGAAAGUGAAAGAUUUGGAGUUGCAAAUCAAUAAGUUGAAGCAAACUAUAGUUGAAAAGGAAACCAACCAAGAAGAAGCAAGAAACAAAGAGAUACAUAAAAUUGAAAAGUUCUUGAGUGAUAAGACAACAGUUACGUCUGCUGCUAGAAACAUUGGAUUAUUGGCAGUACCGGAAUCAGAUUAUAUUGCAACAACAACUAAUCCAAGUCCCGAUCUUGAAAAUGUGAGAGUGGUCCCCACGAGUUACUUCCAUCAGCUUUUGAGGUUGAAAUCGUUGUCAGUUGACAAGAUUUCUGAUGAGGAUUUUGAAAAGCACGCAUCUAAACGUGGUUUUGUACGUAAGGAAGCCUCACUUUCAACACCCGCUACAAAAGAUGUUACUGAUCUCAAUAGGGCCAAACCAAUACCAAUGCAAGGCCAAAGUAUAGAAGACUUGGAUCACGAGACAAGUAGCGGACAGCCUUCUCACACGGCAGUUUCGAGAGGAGGAGAAAACGAGCAUUUCUCAUCGAAAUCCGCAUCUCCACAUGGUAGAACGAUUCCUCAAUCUACUUCAAUUAGAUCAGACCUUUCAGAAAGGUCACUAUCAGACUCAAUUCGGUCGAAUGCCAUUUUUUCCAUGGCAACAGACGUAUCUUUUACUGAUAAGCUGAUGAUCCCAGCAAUAACCCAAGUUGUCAUUGGUGAGUAUCUUUUCAAGUAUUUCCGAAAAUUUGGUGCUUCUGCUUUGAACGUUAUUUCAGGAACUAGACACGAACGAUAUUUCUGGGUUCACCCAUAUUCAUUGACCUUGUAUUGGUCGGAAAAUAAUCCUAUUUUGGGUAAUCCGUCAUCAGUUAGAACUAGGGCUACUGCUAUCGAAAGAGUUGAAAGUGUCGACGAUAACAAUCCAAUUCCAACUGGGUUAUACCAUAAAAGUAUCGUUGUUUAUUCACUGGGAAGAUCAAUCAAGAUAACAUGUGCUACAAGACAGAGGCACAAUAUUUGGUUUAACGCUUUGCGGUACUUGACCAGCCGAAAUAUCAAUGAUCUUGCAGUGGAUGAGGAUACAGAGGAUAUGGGUAGUCACGAGGAUAGGGAUGAAGAAGGGUCGUUGUCACACAAAGUGGGGUCGCAUAGGAACUUAAACUCGUUGAUGGAUACUGGUGAUCGUCGUGCAUAUCCCAGACCCAAAAGAAUAAGUUCAAUGUCUGGAAUAGUAUCAUCUCCGUCUUCAGGCCGACUUUCGAGAUAUCAUCAACCUACAAGCAAAAACUAA